GAUAUUAAAACGGAAGUUGGUACAUAUUGCGUGCGCAUCUUCAUCUGUGAGUAGAGAAUCCAUUUCACAGCUGUAAAAAUCAACAACCUUUGUGACUUCAUUGUUUACCAAAUACAAACUACAUCUGGCAUGAGCUGGGUGUGUGUGGUAGCAUAUGGAUGCUCUAUGUGAAGAGCCGGCGGGGGGUAGUAAACGCAGGCUCGGUGCUGGGGUCAACUCUAAUUCAUCCAAAUCUGCAGGGUCUCAAGUUGCAGUUGUUUCUAAGCCCCGUAGGGGUAGAACAAAACAGUCCCAGAAAGAAAAGGCCUCCGCUGCAUUGCAAUCUGAUCAGCUUCUUCAGGAGCACCAAUUAAGCCCAUUAAAAAGUGAGCUUUCUACAGAAGCUGAAGUAAGUUGUAACUCUGUUACUGUUGGCAAAGGCAAGGGAAAAUCUAAAGGAAAACAAAGAUCUUUACGCCCUCGCAAGGCCAACUCCUCUUUAGCAGAGGCAGAUUUAGAAGCUGCUGCUUUUAAAAUAAGCACAGAGACUUUUGAGGAGCCUGUCUCAAAAACACCAGCUUCUAAAAAAGGCAAAGCCAAGAAACGAAAAGCAACAGAAUCUCUGCAGCUUCCUACUGAACCAGAAGUUUUUGAAGAACUAGCUACUGAAUUAGCUCCAACAACAGCAUUCAAGGGAAAAGGAAAGAGAAAGAGUUCAGAAAAAAAGUUGAAAGAAGAGUCUUCUAAAACAUCCUUGGUACCCGAUAAAGAGACUUAUCCCUUGGGGGAUUCUUUUAAAGACUAUGUUCAACAAUUUUAUGAAUUUGGAACUUUGUUUUCAACUAAACUUACAAUUCCAACUCCUAAGAAGCGUUGUUUAAGAUCAUCUUCUAACGAAGAAAAAGAGGCUACAUCAGCUUCUAUUUCUCCUGGACCAUCAUCAUACAAAGCUUCAUCAUUACUGAAAAAGUCUGAAAGCAUACCAUCCUGUUCUAAAAGGGGGGAAUUAAGUGAUUCAAAGAAGAUUUUCAAAGCCACCAAGUCAGUUGGAAGUAAAUCAAAGGAAGAAAAGUCACCAUCAAAGGGAAAAACUCGAGGCAAAAAGACGGGAUCUUGUGCCAGUAACAGUGGGCGACAGUCGUCUACAGCUGGUAGAGGAACAGGAAGGGCAGGAACUAGUGUUGGAAACAGAGAAAGAGUUGAGGUUAAUAAAACCAAUAUUCCUACAAGCUCAACAGCUUUAGCAACCAUGUCAUCAUCAAGCCAUCAGCAAGAUAAUAUGGGCAACAGUGGUAACAGGCCCAGAGAACAAGGCACUGGCUCAUUGUCUCAACCUGAAAGUUCAGUGUUUGGAACAGAAAUGCCACCAGGAGCUGUCGGAGGGACUGGACCAGAUAAUGACAGUGAUGAAUCUGAUAUGAACAGACUGCAGGCUUUGUUGGAAGCUAGAGGUUUACCUUCUCAUUUAUUUGGUGCACUGGGACCACGUAUGCAUCAACUACUACAUCGCACCAUGAGUGGCGGCACAUUAACCAAAGUUCAACAUUUGCUUCAAGGCCUGCAAGCUACUGGAGAUGAAGCUCAGCAACUUUCAGCAGUAAUGGAAAUGUGCCAGAUACUUGUUAUGGGCAAUGAAGAUAGUUUGGUGGGCUUCCCAAUCAAACUUGUUGUGCCAGCUUUGAUACAAUUACUUCAAAUGGAGCAUAACUUUGAAAUGAUGAUCCAUGCCAGCAGAGCUCUUACAUACAUGAUGGAAGCUUUACCAAGAUCUUCAGCCUCUGUUGUUGAGGGAGUUGCAGUAUUUUUAGAAAAGUUGCAAGUUAUAAAUUGCAUUGAUGUGGCAGAGCAAUCAUUGUCAGCACUCGAAACUCUAUCCAAGAGACAUGGCAAGGCAAUUCUUCAAGCUGGAGGAAUAUCUGCUUGCCUCUUGUACCUGGAUUUUUUUAGCAUUAUUGCUCAACGUAGAGCACUUAACAUCACAGCUAACUGUGUGCAGGCCAUGUCUGCUGAUGAAUUUCACUAUAUGAGAGACUCCCUGUCUCUUCUUAGUGCAAGGCUUAGUCACUCUGACAACAAAUCAGUCGAAAGUGUGUGUCUCUGUUUUGCCAGGCUUGUAGACAACUUCCAGAAUGAUCAGCGCCUUCUCAAAGAAAUAGCUGUUCAUGACUUAUUAACAAAUAUACAACAGCUGUUGAUGAUAAGCCCACCUGUCAUUAGCACAAGUGUAUUUAUCACGGUUGUUAGAAUGUUGGUGGUGAUGUGUGCUAAUUGUCCAGAUUUAGCAGUCAUACUACUUAAACAAAAAAUCGCUGAAACUUUAAGAUACCUACUGACGGGAUCUUCAGAGAAUAUUGAUCAUUGUUUCGAGUUUUAUUUUUACACACAGCUUGUGUCAAGAACUCCACAAGAGCUCUAUGAAAUAGUUAGCUUAAUAGGAGAGCUAUUGCCUAGACUUCCCACAGACGGACUAUUUACUGUGAACAGUCUGUUGCGCAAAGGUGGAACUGUCAGUCCAGAUGGAGCCUUUUGGCAGUGGCAAGAUGACAGGGGAUUGUGGCAUAUGUAUACUCCUAUAGACAACAAAAUUGUAGAGGCUGCUUAUCAAGCGGGUGAAGAAGAGGUGAGCCUAUCCACAAUGGGACGAUCCUACUUACUGGACUUCAACACAAUGCAGCAAAUCAAUGAGGAUACUGGUACAGCCAGACCUGUUGUUCGUAAAGUCAACAGCCUUGGUGUAGCUGGGCAGAACAGUGCUGCUGGAGAUACCAUUGGCCAGGCUGACCCUAAUGUAGAACGCUGUGAUUCAAGGGCAGAAAUAUUAAAAGAGGACCAGGAGCUGGCUUCUAAUUUUGUCCAGACUCUUUUUGCUGUUCUUUAUGAAGUAUACAGUUCUUCAGCUGGUCCAAAUAUCCGCCAUAAGUGCCUUCAGACCAUUCUCAGAAUGAUCUAUUACUCACCACCAGAUUUGUUGAGACAAGUUCUCAUCAACCAGUCGGUUUCCAGUCAUAUUGCUUGUAUGCUUGGCUCCCCUGAUCUUAAAGUUGUAGUUGGCGCUUUGCAAAUGGCCAACAUUCUCAUGCAGAAGCUCCCAGAUAUUUACAGUAUCUACUUUAGAAGAGAAGGUGUAAUGCAUCAGAUUCAAAAACUUGCCACACAGGAGGUAGUGACCUCAUCUCCCACUAAGUCCAGUCACUCUCCAGGUUCAUCCCCUGUUUUGAGCUCUGUUUCUGAUACCAGCUGCAUUCUUCCUCCAGCUGUUCCAAGAAUUGAACCUCCUGAAGUUGGGGAUGGAGAUGACCUGUUUGCAGGUGGUGCCCAUCAUCACUUGGAAGAGCCUUGUGCUUCCACUGCCCAUAUGAAGUUGAGUGAUGUUUUAAAGAGGAAACGGCCACCAAGAAGAGGACCUUCCAAGAAGGGCAGUAAAUCUGAUGACCCUGGAACAACUGAAGCUUCCCCUAAAGGUGUUGGUUUGUUACUGGGAAGAAGUUCAGCUAGAGGGAAGUCAUCAGUCUACAUUUCUAAAGGCAAAGAUGCUAGAUCCAGUUCUUCAAGCUCUAAGAUUCCUUUUCUCACCAAUCUAAAUCCUCGUUCAUGGGGAAGAAUGGGAACUGCUACAGACAGACAAGCCACUAUGAAGGACAUGUUAUCACACAAGCAAAUGCCACCUCCAAUGAUAGUUAAUAAAGAAAAAGUAAAAGCUUGGAUCAAGGAUCAGUGUAAGCUGUUUAUGGAAAAAUACUUCUCUGCUGAUAUUCACGGAGAGUCUCAUCCAGCUUUAGACAUGCUCAAGCGACUUUGCACUGCUACCAAAUGUCUUUCACUACAGGGCGAUAGUGGCUUAGAUUGCCUUUUAGAGAUAGCCACUAUUAUGAGAGAAAGUGAUGUUUCUCCAUUUGAAGUCAUUCACAGUGGGCUCAUUACACAGCUUCUAGAGUACCUAACCUCAACAUCUGGAGAUUUGACCAGAGAAUUGCGUAUUAGAAGAUUUCUACAUGUGUUUCUAAAUUGUCCUCCUCCAAGUGUUUCUUACAUGAAAGAACCACCCCAGGAUAAAAGCAAUACACCUUCUCUUUCCUAUCUUGUCUCCAAACUAAUGGCUUGCUUGCAUCAGUUGGAACAGUUUCAAGUUAAAGUUCAUGACCUUCCUGGUGGCAAUAGUGGAAGUAGUCGUGGUGGAAAUACUUUAAAGUUUUUCACUACCCACCAGCUUAAGUGCCAAUUACAAAGACAUCCAGCAUGUACUACAUUGAAACAGUGGAAGGGUGGACCUGUGAAGAUUGAUCCUCUUGCUCUUGUACAGGCUAUUGAAAAAUAUUUGUUAGUCAGAGGUUUUGGCAAGACAAGGGAGGGAGGAGAUGAAGAAUUAAGUGAUGAUGAUAAUUCAGAUGAAGAAAUGGAAGAGCAGAUGGCCUCCAUUAUGAUAUCUGCUACAUCUCCCAGACACAGAUUGGAAUUCCUCAUUGGAGACCAUGUGCUGCCUUACAACAUGACAGUUUAUCAGGCAGUCAAACAGUUUGUGUGUCAUGGAGGGACAGAAGUGGGAGAUUUCAGUGAUGGUGAUACUGACUCUCCAUUUGGCAACACAAGUAUUUGGGUUCAAACUCACACUAUCUGGUAUCGCCCUGCUACAGAACAAGAAGAAACUAUGGCCACUAGUCCAAAAAAGACAAAAGCUGAGUCAAAAGGAUCUAAAUCUUCAAAGAAAAAAGAUUCUCGAGCAAGUAGCCCUGUGACUCAACCAGUUCUUCAAAGUUUUCUUUUGGACAAAUUGCCUGCUACUGUUACUGUUCAAGAUGCCUCUUUAGAAACAAUUGCCUUGCUAAGAGUUUUACAUGCUCUAAAUAGGCAUUGGUCAUCAAUGUUUGAUAUUUCAUUUUUACCAAAUCCAGUAAUACCUGCAACAGAAUUUAUUAGCAGCAAAUUAACUGCUAAAGCUAAUCGUCAGUUGCAAGAUCCUCUUAUAAUCAUGACUGGAAACUUGCCAAAUUGGCUUCCAGAGAUAGGACAAGCAGCACCAUUUUUACUGCCAUUUGAUACAAGACAAAUGCUAUUCUUUGCCACAACUUUUGAUCGAGAUCGUGCAGUACUCAGACUUCAACAAGAUCAGGCAGGAGAAAGCUCUACCCAUGAUAGUGAGAGGGUUGGACCCCGGUUAGAUAGAAAGAGGAGAGAAGUUAGUCGUAAAGACAUUCUAAAACAAGCAGAGAAAGUCAUGGAAGAUAUGGGUGGUACUACCAAUGCUCGAACUAUGUUAGAGAUUCACUAUGAAAAUGAGGUUGGUACUGGCCUGGGACCAACCUUGGAGUUCUAUGCCUUAGUUUCUAAAGAACUUCAACGUUCUGAUCUGGAAUUGUGGCGAGGGGACAGCAUUACAGCCACCAGCCCUGCAGAUCCUAAUGUCAAAGUGGAGUACACACAGUCUGCUGGUGGCCUUUUCCCUCUCCCAUUGCACCGUAACUCUAAAGCUGCCCAUGUCAAUAAAGUCAAAGCCAAAUUUAAAUUUCUUGGAAAGUUCAUGGCUAAGGCUCUGAUGGACUCCAGAAUGAUUGAUUUACCUCUGAGUCGAGUGUUCUAUAAAUGGAUCUUAUCCCAAGAAAACUCCCUAUGUUCCAGUGAUUUAUAUCAUGUUGACAGAGUACUGGCCAGUUCUUUUCAGCAGUUGGAGAAUCUGGUACAUCAGAAGAAACAGAUCUGUAGUGAUAAGACGUUGACUGAGGAAGAAAAGAAACAUGCCACAGCAUCUCUUACAAUGGAUGGCUCUUCACUGGAGGAUCUUGACCUUUACUUUGUCCUACCAGGCAAUGAAAAUAUUGAAUUGUGUAAAGGUGGAAGGGACAUUCAGGUGGUUAUAGACAAUUUGGAAGAGUACUUGCAGCUUGUAAUGCACUGGACUCUAGUUGAGGGCAUUAGUAGACAGUUUGAAGCUUUUCGAGAUGGCUUUGAAUCUCUGUUUCCUUUGUCAACUUUACAGUGCUUUUAUCCUGAAGAAUUGGAACAACUUUUCUGUGGCAAUAUUGCUGAUGUUUGGGAUGUGCGCAUGUUGAUGGAUUGUUGUCGACCAGACCAUGGGUACACUCAUGAUUCACAGGCAGUAAAAUUCCUCUUUGAAGUGCUCAGCAGUUACAAUACCAUGGAGCAGAGAGAUUUUCUUCAGUUUGUCACUGGUUCACCAAGGCUACCUGUUGGUGGUUUUAAAAGCUUGAAUCCUCCAAUGACAGUAGUAAGAAAGCAGCCAGAAGGCUCAGAUGAUCCUGACAGUUACUUACCUUCUGUAAUGACCUGUGUGAACUAUCUGAAACUUCCAGACUAUUCCUCUAUAGAAGUCAUGAGAGAGAGGCUCAGCAAAGCUGCAAAAGAGGGGCAACUCUCAUUCCACUUAUCAUAGUAUAGCAUUCAGUUCAAAUCUUGUGAUGUGUGUCUGUUUGGGUGUCUGUCCUGAGUUUGUGACAUAUCAUUGGAAGAGAAAUGAGCACAACCUUUCGUUUGUUCAAUAUUACAUUUUUUUAAAAGUAAUAACUUUUUCCUAUUGAAUGAAAAACACUUUAAUUUAAAAAACAUGCUGUUUCUAGAUUUACACUUUAUAAUUAAAUACAACUUUUGGAUUUACCCCUUCAGCAAAAACAUACUGUUCCGAAGUAACUCUGCAUCUUAUGCUUAGUACAGUGUGAAAAUAUACCUUUUAAAUUUGGAUGACUAAAUUUUUGUGGGCAUUUUAUAAUAUUUAGAUUCAUAUUCUUUUUAAAUGAUUUAUUAAAGUAUUGAUUUUAUUUUGUACAUUUUUUUUUACAAAUAUUAUUUUGUGACUUUUAAAAAAAUCAGUAAUAUAACUUAGUUAUAAGCAUGUUCAUUGUAUGAAAAGGAAAUGGAUCAUGUGAUUGCUGUUACAUGGUUUGUCUGAAGUGUCUAACACCAAUAAUCUCCUUCAUUUGAAGCCUCUUCUUGUAAGCUGAACAAAGGAACUUAUACAUUUCUUUUGAUGUGUGACCUAGGAAUGGGAGCCUGCAGUUGAAAAUAGAAAUAUUGAGUUUGUUUUGUGGUACUUGCUUAUCAUUUGUAAUCCUGACUAAAACAGGUUGUGUUUUCAAACUCAUUUAUCAAAAGUACUGAACUAGUUUCUAUGGUGGAUUGUUUGCAGUUCUUCUCUUAUCAUCUGUAUAUACUUUUCAGAAAUAUGUGUGUGAGACUGAUUGUGUUGUCAUUUACUGUUGUAUCUGUCUGGAAUCUCCUCAUUUCAGAAAUGUACAAAUAAAUAUUUAAUCUAAGACUACAGAUCAGUGAAAAGUUGACUGCAUAUUGAGCCCUAUGAGGCACAUUGUAUGGAAACAAAAAGUUUGGUCCCCAAUUAUAUCAUUUUUUUAAAGCAUUUAUAAAAUGUUUAUUUUAUGAUUUGCUUCAAGUUUUUCAUCUCUCAUAAUUUAUGAUUAUUUGUGUGUGUUUCAAAAGAUGAAAUCUCUAUAAUCCCUGUGUCUUUGUUUCUGUUGGCUACCAUGAACCAAUGUAUUUAUGUACAGUUUGUCAUCCAGUUCACUCUCUUUAGAAUGUGCUAACACAAAACUGUUUUCUUUGAAAUAAAGUGCACAGGCAUAAGUAUGUCUUGUCUUUGUACAAUUGAAAUAGAUUUUAAUCAAACUUACCAGAAGAGUUGACACUGAGAAUUGUGUUUUAUUAGAAUGGGUUCAGCCUGGGCGGUUUUCUCAUAACAUUUGAGUUCUCAGUAUUAUAAUAUCACAAUCUGUUUUUAAACUCAAUUCUUUCUUAAUUUUAGACAAAAAAAUGUACAGGUAUAAUACAAGCUUAAUCAGUUGUUUAUGUGCUUUAAAAAAUAAUAAUACUAGCAUUAUUAAAAUUUUGUAUCCUUAAUAUAUAUAUAUAUAUAUAUAUCUUAUGUUGAUUUAAAUUUUAUUUUAUUUUAUACAUUUCUCUUAAAAAUGUUAAGUUUCCAAUGUUUAACUCUAAGUCUAACCAUACAUAGGAGAGAAAACCUUAUAAUUUGUGUUGAAAUUUUUAAAUCAAAUAUUAAUGCCCAAAAAAAAAAACAACAGACAAACAACUAAAACUUUUCCCUAUAGCGUAUAAAUGAUAAAAUUAGAAAAAAUAUUUUUUUAAAUUUUAGUUUAGUGCUAGUAAUUGAGAUGAGUAAUUCAAACUCUAUUUCUAAUAGAUAACACUUGUAGAAUAAAACAACAGCUGAAAAGUCCAUCAUUUUUCACAAGCUUUAAGUUUGAUUCAUAAUGUCGAAUAUUGUGACUUGUAUCAAGUAAAUGUUAGAAACAUAAUCUUAGGAUUAAUUUUCAAUGUUGUAAUGAUGAUGAUUGAAUUAGCCUUGAAUUUGUCUUUUUAAGCUUUGAUUUUUGCUCCAAAAAAUGCACUGAAAACCUGAAACCUAUAAGAUUGUAAAACCUUUAAUUUAUCCAUUUUCUAGAUGUUUUCAUCACUGUAAAAGUUACAUUGAAAUUACUUCAAUGUGGAUCAGCCACAUUGAAAGUUUGACUGUAGAAGUCAAUACUGAAACUAAUUAGACUACAAAUUUCAACCUAUUUCUUACACAAAGCAAAAUCAUUUGUACUUCUGCAAACACUUAAACUAGAAUGUUAUUGCCAAAAUUAUUUGAUUAGGGAUUCAGUUGAAUAUUUAAAUGAGGAUACAAAUUGAAUAUUUGAAACUAUAUCUAUGAAAUUAUAAGCCAAAGAACAGGAGAACAAUGAUUUUUCUAGUGCCAGUUCUACAUAUCAAUGAGAGAUAAAGGCAAGCUAGUAACAAGCUAGUAUCCACAUUUUAGUCAAUCACUGUUUGUACAUGAAGUCAUCGGUUUUAAGAUUAUAUGAUUUUUUUUUCUGAUGACUUUUUGUUGUCUUUAUUAUUUAGAUUUGAGAGUUGUCAAGCUAAAACAUCAGAAACACUUGUUUCUACUUUCUUCUCUCUAUGUGCUCCUAGCAGAGAAAUCACUCAGUGGAAACAGACUUUCUGUCCUGAUUAAGCAUUGUUCCUCUGUAAGUCAUUCUCAUGAUACAAAGUCUUUGUCUAUGUGUUUCUUGUACUGGUCAUAAGUUGAGUCUUGGGUAUCUUCUCUGGACUGGUCCUUUGUUGACUCCAGUGUAGAAAUCAUUGCACAUGCCUUGUACAAACAUUCUAAUUUGAAAUGUAUGCUAUUGCAGUGACCGUGUAAUCAAUGAUCUGAGUUACAUAAACUUCUGUUGUACUAUUGUUGUGUAGGCUACAUAGCUAUAGACCAUUAUUUCGUGUAGCAGUAUGUCAUUUACAAAGAAUGUGCUCACAUCUCUACGAGGGGGUUUCUUUUGAAGAUGAAGGUUGUUGUUUUCUAAUUCCUCAUCAAUCUUCUCACUUCAUACAAGAAAAGUAACAUUCGCUACUAAAGCAUCGCCCCAAAUUAAACUAUCAUGUAUUAGAUUUUUUUUUGUUUACAGCGUUAAGAGUGGACAUUUAAACCAAGAACUAAGUACGAUUGGUUUCCCAACAUUGGAUGUCUGUUCAGCCCUGAGCUGGGUGAUGUUUGAGGAAGUCAAGACACUGUCCAUGUCUGCUACUUGUGGUAUAACUGUGUCACUUCAUGUGGGUUGCAUAGCAGUUUUGUUUUGCUAGCUCAACUUUGAUGGCGGCAAGACUUUGGAAAUAAACUAUUUUGAAAACUAA